AUGGCAUCUCAACCUAAGAUUGAUGAAUUGGUUCAAUCUGUUACACUUUAUGUUCCACGUCCAUUCAUUUUAAAUGGAUUUGUAUUACCGUUUAUAAUUCUAUAUUCUUCUUGGACGUAUAUUUGGUUUUUUGUUUAUGGUGUUUGGGACUAUUAUGAAGCUGGAAUUAUAGGUGUGAGUUUAAUUGGAUUGUGCCAAUUAUUUUGUUGUUUAUGCUGUCAUUGGUCCGUGCACGUGCGAUGCUUUUUCACCUGUAAUAAGGCUUCUAAUCACUUAUCCGCAACAUUAGCUAAAGUUGUCCCCACUUCUAAUAAUGGCUCAUCAGAAUUAGUUAAUUUACAUCGCACUAAAAUUAAUAAUGAAAAUGAAAGUGAAAGUCUUUGGUUUAUGUUCCAAAAAACAAAAUAUGUUUGGGAUCCUGAUAAAAAAAAUUUUAGAGGAGUCGAAUUUCCAAUUAAUUACUCUUUUGGAAAAUAUAUGGAUUGGAAAGGUUAUCAGGAUGACGAUGGAUUGCUUGCUGCUGAGAUGGAAUAUGGAAUUAAUACAAUGGACAUGGUGGUUCCUGAGUUUUUUGAAUUAUUUCAAGAGCGAGCAACUGCUCCAUUUUUCGUCUUUCAAAUUCUUUGUGUUGCUUUGUGGUGUCUGGAUGAAUAUUGGUUGUAUUCAGUUUUUACAUUUGUCAUGUUAAUAGUUUUUGAAUGUAUAUUAGUUCAACAACAAUUACGAAACAUGGCUGAAAUUAGAAACAUGGGUAAUAAACCAUAUAUGAUCCAGACCUACAGAAACAGAAAAUGGAGAUUUGUAAAAAGUGAUCAGUUAAGACCUGGUGAUAUUGUUUCAAUGACAAGAUCACAAUAUGACUAUUUAGUUCCUUGUGAUAUGUUGCUUUUAAGAGGUCCUUGUAUAGUUGAUGAGAGUAUGUUAACAGGUGAAUCUGUGCCACAAAUGAAAGAACCUAUUGAAAAUGCAGAUAGUGAAACCUUUUUAAAUAUAGAAACACAUGGUAAACUUCAUGUAUUAUUUGGUGGCACUAAAGUUGUGCAGCACACACCCCCUAGUAAAAACUCCACAAAACUGAGAGCUCAGGAUAAUGGUUGCAUUGCUUAUGUCUUAAGAACAGGUUUUAAUACAUCUCAAGGAAAAUUACUCCGAACAAUUCUUUUCGGUGUUAAGCGUGUCACAGCCAAUAAUCUUGAAACAUUUGCUUUUAUAUUAUUUUUAUUAUUUUUCGCUAUAAUUGCUGCUAGCUACGUUUGGAUUAAAGGAUGUGAAGAUCCAAAUCGAAGCCGUUAUAAAUUACUUUUGGAAUGCAUACUUAUAUUAACUUCUGUUGUGCCUCCAGAAUUACCCAUAGAAUUAUCAUUAGCAGUUAAUACAUCUCUAGUGUCAUUAUCCCAAUUAUUUGUCUUUUGCACUGAACCAUUUCGCAUUCCUUUCGCUGGAAAAGUUCAAAUUUGCUGCUUUGACAAAACGGGAACAUUAACCAGUGAUAGUUUAAUUGUGGAAGGUCUAGCUGGGUUGUCUGAAAAUAAAAAUGACAUUUUACCACUAAAUGAUAGUCCUAAAGAAAGCUUGCAAGUAUUAGCUACUUGUCAUUCAUUAGCUCAGCUUGAUGAAGGCAUCGUUGGAGAUCCUUUAGAGAAAGCUACUUUGAGUGCAAUGGAUUGGAACUUAUCUAAAGGUGAUAACGUUACGCCGAAAAAAGGAAAAAUUCCUGGUUUGAAAAUUUUCCAGAGAUUUCAUUUUUCUUCAGCCUUAAAAAGAAUGUCUGUGAUUGCUGGUUAUAUAAUACCAGGUACUAGUGAUACUAAUUAUAUUGUUACUGUAAAAGGAGCACCUGAAACAUUGAAAAGCAUGUUUUCAGAAAUUCCAUCGGAUUAUGAUGACAUUUAUUUAGAAAUGUCAAGGCGAGGUGCCAGAAUUUUAGCAUUGGGCUGGAAAGAUCUCGGAUGUAUAUCACAUCAACAGCUUCGGGAUCUGACUAGGGAACAAGUAGAAUGUAAAUUGAAGUUUACCGGUUUUGUGGUUAUUUCAUGUCCUUUAAAACCUGAUUCCAAAAGAGUAAUUCAAGAAAUCAUCAAUUCUUCUCAUCACGUCGUUAUGAUAACGGGGGACAAUGCUUUAACCGCUUGUCACGUUGCUAAAGAAUUGAAAUUUACAAAAAAAAAUACAACUUUGCUUUUUAAAAAUACAGGGAGUGAAAAGUGGUUAUGGGAAAGUAUAGAUCAAACGGUACAGAUUCCAUUUGACAUUGACAAUUGGGGAGUCAUAACGGGAAAAUAUGAUUUGUGUUUGACAGGAGAAGGUUUGAAUGCACUAAUGUCUCAGAAUGAAAAUUACUUUCGUAAAAUAUUACCGUACGUUACCGUAUUUGCUAGGGUAGCUCCCAAGCAAAAGGAGCAAAUUGUAAUUGCUCUGAAAUCAUUAGGUUAUUGUACUGCCAUGUGCGGAGAUGGCACGAACGAUGUGGGUGCUUUAAAACAUGCAGAUGUAGGAGUAGCCAUCAUGUCGACGGCACCUAGCUUUUUGAGCCCUCGAAAGAAACCUACGCUUCCUUUGCCAGCGGAAAGAAAAACACUCAAUAGUAAUACCUCUACGCAUUUUGAAAGACUUCGUAUGGAAAUGGAAGAGAGAACGUACGUUAAGUUGGGAGAUGCCAGCAUAGCAGCUCCUUUCACCAGCAAACUUUCAUCAAUUGAAUGCAUUUGUCACGUCAUUAAGCAAGGAAGGUGUACAUUGGUGACCACUCUUCAAAUGUUUAAAAUACUUGCUUUAAAUGCAUUGAUAUUAGCAUACAGUCAAUCAGUGCUUUAUCUGGAUGGUAUAAAAUUCAGUGAUAUACAAGCUACUGCUCAGGGUCUCAUGUUGGCCAUGUGUUUCCUUUUUAUUUCAAAAUCAAAGCCUUUGAAGACUUUAUCAAAGCAAAGACCUCUUCCAAACAUAUUUAACGUUUAUACAAUAAUGACUGUGUUACUCCAGUUUUUCGUACAUUUUACCUGCUUAAUAUAUUUAGUUCAGGAAGCUACUCUAAGAACGGCUCUUGAAAAAUCAGAAAAACCAAAUAAUACUUCCAGCUUACCUUUGGAAUCUGAUGAUGAUAACAAAGAUGCAGCCGAAGUCUUCGAAUCUAACAUACUUAACAGUACAGUCUAUAUUAUAUCUAUAGCUUUUCAAGUGUCAACCAUAGCUGUUAAUUAUAGGGGCCAUCCUUUUAUGGAAAGCUUUUGGGAAAAUAAAUCAUUGAUGAUAAGUAUCGUCGGGUCAUCCGUUGGCAUAAUAUGUUUGGCUUUUGGUAUUUUUCCAGAUAUUUCCCAAUAUCUUGAAAUAGUUGAUUUUUCUGACGAGUUUAAAUGGGUUUUAUUCAAAGUAAUAUUGGCAGAUUUCGUACUAUCAUUUGCCCUGGAUAGAAUAUGCCUUUGGUUAUUGGGAGAAGGAAAAUUAAAAAUUCCUCAAUAG